UCCUCCGAGCUUAUAAUUGAAGAGCGCCAUCUAAAUCUCACCAACAGGAUCAUCAACCUCAAGUCAAGGCUCAAUUCAUAAUUUUUGGAAGAUAUGGCCACAUGUUCCUUCAUUUCAUGUGAUCAAGAGAGGCUCACCUUAGCCAAGUUCUCUCAUGGAAGGCUUCAGAGAAAUUCAGAUGGUACAUGGAGACAGAGUCCUUCAUUCACCCUCCUAAGAAGCUCUGACACAGAUGACAAGCGGAAGAAUCUACGAAGAACAUUGGUUGCAGAAGCUGACUCCAUGCAGUAUGUAGGUCAAAAUUAUGGUGACCAAGCUUCCAAAGCUAACUCGAUGUGCAAGUACAUGGUGGGGGUGUUUGACAAGAAGACAGGAAAGAUGAAAGUCUACAAUGCUCAACUAUUAGAGCUGCAUCCAUGGCUUGGAAAGAAAGUGGAGAAAGAAGAUCAAAUUGAUGAAGCCAAGGAUUUAUCAUUAGCUGAAAAGAAAGACAGACUGACCGAAGCCUUUGGGAGUUCCAGGAAACAGAGGGCUAUGGAAUCUCGUCUAAAGAACAAGGUUGGAACAGAAGCCUUGGAAACAUCGGCUGCAAAGGCUCUUACCCAUGCUGCUAAUACACCAUCACUUCCUCUAGACUUUGAGAUGGAUACCAGUUUGCUGCCACCGUGUGACAGAUCAGCAAAGAGACCUCAAGGUGUCUACAAGCUAGAAGAUAUCAUAUCAGCUAGACAUAAAAAAGCACUGCAAGUCCAGACAGAAGAGCUGUUACUAGGUGUUAAAACACAAGCAGAUGAAUGGAAGAAGACUAAGAAGUUCCCCCAGUAUGUGUUGGACCAUCUGCCUGCUUUGUCACGAGAACCAGAAACUGAGAGAUGCGUUACCCAGGCAACCAAUCUAAUCUUCAUCACCUUCCUCAUGCAGCUGCAUGUUGCCAAACCAAAAGAACUCAAAACUUGUCUGAAGAGUGCUCCUCCUGGCGUCAAAACUCAUCUGUAUGAAACCUUCACUCAAGUCACACCAAGUCCAGAUGGUAAAAGUGAAAAACGGCUACUUUCUAAGAGCUGCAAGGACAAGCUCUUAUCUUACAUUCUAGUCUUGGCUCAGCUCAUCGAUAGUUUCCACACAGACAUUGCAUCACUCACCAAAGAUCUCAACAUCUCGGUCAAAAAGUUAUGCGGCAACACUUUGAGAAUCGGGGACUAAGCAGACGAACAGUGGAUAUCAUUACAGCUUCAUGGAGAGCAUCAACCUGCAAUCAGUACCAAGUUUACAUCACACAGUGGCGAAGAUUUUGCCACAGCAGGAAUACGAGUUACCUCCAAGCCGAGGUGGAAACGGUACUAGAAUUCCUUAGUAGUUUAUUUCAUGACAGGAACCUUAGCUACAGUGCGAUCAAUACAGCUCGUAGCGCUUUAUCCACUUUUCUGAUUCUCGUUGACAGUAAUCAGACAAUAAGUACUCACCCACUUAUAACCAGACUGAUGAGAGGUGUUUUUCAACUCAGACCUGUCUUACCUAGAUAUACAGAAAUAUGGAAUAUUAGUCCAGUUCUCAAUUUUCUAAGAAAAUUGUCUCCAGUAAACUCCUUAAACCUCAGAGAUUUAACACUCAAAGUAUGUAUGCUAAUGGCUCUUGUAUCGGCACAGAGAGUGCAAACCUUGCAUAUAUUGAAGACUAACAAGAUGACCCUGAAAGGGGGCUUUGUGGUUUUUCAUUUGGAUGAACACUUGAAGCAAAGCAAACCAGGAAAUACCAAUUUUAAGUUUAAAUUGGAAGCAUAUCCACCUGAUAGAAGAUUGUGUAUUGUAAAAUAUGUGAAACAUUAUGUCCAGCGCACAGGACCACUUCAUGGGAAUGAGAACUCGUUCUUUGUAAGUUACACCAGACCUCAUAAUAGAGUAACAACUCAAACCUUAUCUCGCUGAAUCAAGACCUGCUUGCAAAGAGCAGGUGUGGAUACAAACGCUUAUAAGGCUCAUUCAACGCAGGCAGCAUCAACUUCAGCAGCUGCCAAAGCAGCACUUCCAAUGGACCAGAUCCUAGCCCGAGCAGGAUGGUCUUCAGAGAAAACGUUUAGGAAGUUCUACAGGAAACCUUUUGAAAACAAGAGAAACUUUACCCAGGCAGUCUUACAAGAUAGCACACUGCUUUAAGAACUGCAUCAGAAGGCUUUUCAAUAGAACUGGCAUUAAGAGACCAGCUGUCUAUUUAAUAGAACUGGGAUUAAGUAACCAGAUGGCUAGAAUAAACUAGAUACAGAAACGAACAAUUUUUUUGUCAUAAUGUUGCAAAAACAAUGUUUUUGCAACAUUAUGACGUCUUAUAUAUGGACGUCUUGUAUGUGAAAUGUUUUGCCACAUGUAUGAACAGACUACAAUAACUGUCAAAUAUGGUGAGUCAUUGAUUAGAAGCAUUCAAUUCAAUCUGCAUAAUCAGUGUUCACUUUCCGUACGUGUUGGUCGUUCCAAAUGUGGCUACUAUGCUUCAAAAUCUCAUGUAAUUUCGAACGACGAAAUAUGAUAUAAAAUAGUAAGAUUAAACAAGAACUUACCGUUUGAAGUUUGAUCUUUAUUUUAUGAAUAUUUAGGAGGAAGUUAUUACAUGCCCUCCUCACCCACCCAAACUUCAAACUUAAGUGUAAGUUCCCAGUUCCUUACUACUGAGAGUAGCCACAUUUGUAGCUUUGAAUAUUGACUGCGCAUGCGCUUGGCGGGAUCUCUCAUGUAAUAACUUCCUCCUAAAUAUUCAUAAAAUAAAGAUCAAACUUCAAACGGUAAGUUCUCGUUUAAUCUUACUAGUUUAUCAUGUGCUGCUUUAUUUCAUUUGAGUCAUCCAAAGAUCACUUUUCAAAGGGGUCACAUUGACAUAGCCCUCUUCAUCUAGAAGUCUGUAAUAUGAUCCAGAAUUGCCUCCACAUUGCAACAAUGAUGAUGUACUCCUGAUAACAUUGCGGUCUUUCUCUUGAUUUUUAGUAAUUAGAAGAUAAGUAUUAAUCUGUGAUAGAGUUUCAUCUUCAGCCCAAUAUUGGCUUUUAUAGAUAUUUGCUUUCUUAUAGGUAUUUAAAUUUUUAUUAAAUAUAAUCUAUUUUUAGGGCUUACUGUAUGUUGCUCAUUUUUAAUUUGAUGUGUGUUCUUCAAUUCAGAUUAACCAAACAGCUCAUAACCUUUUAAGACU